AUGAAGUCGUUGUUGUUGCUGCUUGCAAUCUUCUUUGGAGCUGAAGCAGAGUCCCAAGGCAUUCAAAAGCUUUUGGCUUAUGCGCGUCAGCUCAAUCAGACCUUGGGCUCUCUGGCCGGCCUCACGAUGCGCCGCUUGCAGACAACCAUAACAAUCCCUCCAAUGCCAUCAGGAUGCCCAGCAGCGUGCGACGAAAUCCAAUGCGCCUACGACUUAGCAGCAGCGACAAAUGAGGCGAUGAACGGAGGUUACCCGAGGUUACCCGGUGCCCACCAAGGCCAGCAUGCUCGGCUAUAUGCUUCCAUCGGAGCGCCAUCACUUGUGCUGCUUCCUCAGACUGGGGCUGAUGGCUCCAGACCCAAGGUCCGAUCUUGCGCCUUGCUUCUGCGCUUGCCCCAGCUUUCCCAAGAUCAAGGAAGGAUUUGA